AUGGAUCCGUUCUACUUCGGCCCGGACCAGCAGCUGGACGCCGCCGCCGUCGACGAGGACGACUACCUGACGAGCCUCGGCCUGGUCCUCUCGCCGGCGCCUCCAGCGGCGUUGCCCUUGCCCGCCGGCGCAUUUGAGGCGUACCAGCGGCGUGUGCCGGCGUUGCUGGAGUACAACUCCCUGACGAUGAGCGGCCGGCGGUACAACGUAGAGCGGAACAUGCACCGGAGGAUGUUCAGUUACCUGAGACGCGUCGCUCAUGUCGCCGCCGCGGCCUCCACGGGGGCCGUGGUGGCCCCAGCGUUCCCGGCGCCCGCGGACGAGACCAUGACCACCGUUGGGGUUGUUGGGUCGUCGCAGCAGGCGCCGCGAAGCUCGCGGUUCCGGCACAUCAUGCGCGAGCGGCUGCGGCGGGAGCGCCUAAGCCAGGGAUUCGCCGACCUCCACGCGCUUCUGCCCCCCGGCGCGUCUUCAAAAGGUGGCAAGAACGACAUCGUCGGCGCGGCGGCGGGCUACAUCAGGGAGCUGGGGGCCAGGAAGGAGCGGCUCAGCGCCAGGAACGAGGAGCUCCUACACAGGGCCGCGACCCGGUGGAGUGGAGUAACGAGGAGUAGCGUCGGCAGGGGCAUGGUGGUGAAGGUGCGAGCCGAGAGCCAAGACCAUUCGACGGCGGUUAAUGCGUUUGAGAGGGUGCUCCAGCGGCUCAAGGCCAUGGAGGAGCUGCAGGUGACGGCGAUCCGAUCGCGAAUCUGCGCCGGAGAAAUGUGGAUGAACGUCGGAGUGGAAGGCCAGGUAUCCACUGGUGAGGUGGACAAGGCAAUAACAAACGCCUUGAUGGAGCUGGAGGGGAACGAUCCAAGAAGCAGCAGCAGCAAGCCAAGCUUCAGCUGUCAAGUCGAAAUAAGUGGCCAGAUGGGUUGA